AGCCCACUUGCAAUGGACCCCAAUAGCAUCUGCAGGAAGACAAGGCGCUUGCCAGGCAAGCAGGCCGAACUGUGCCAGACUGAACCGGAGAUCGUGAGCGAGGUGGCGAAGGGAGUCAGGCACGGCAUCAGGGAAUGCCAGUAUCAGUUCCGAUUCCGCAGGUGGAACUGCACCGUCCACAAACACUUCGGGAAACUCCUCCAGCAAGACAUCAGGGAGACGGCCUUCGUUCACGCCAUCACCUCGGCGGGAGUAGCGUACGCCGUGACCCAGGCGUGCAGCACGGGGGAGCUGCUUCAGUGCGGCUGUGAGAACGAGUUGGGCCGCCCCCCGCCGCCGCCGCCGCCGCCGCUGCCGGCUCAGGCUCCCGGCUCCGGCAGGGAUCCGAACCCUUGGCAAUGGGGAGGAUGCGGGGACGACGCGGAGUUCGGUUACGCCAAGUCCAGGCAGUUCAUGGAUGCCAGAAAGAGAAAAGGUCAAAGUGACAUCAAAUCCUUGAUAGAUCUACACAAUAACGAGGCAGGCCGUCUGAUGAUUGAGAACUACAUGCGGACUGAAUGCAAGUGCCACGGGUUGUCGGGCUCAUGUUCACUCAAAACCUGCUGGGAGAAGAUGCCCCACUUUCGAGAGGUGGGUGACCGGCUCUUCGAGCGUUUCAACGGGGCUUUCAAGGUGAUGGGCGGUAACGACGGGAAGACGCUGAUACCAGUGGGACACAACAUCAAACAGCCCGACAAACAGGACCUGGUUUACUCUGCCGAGUCCCCCGAUUUCUGCCUGCCCAACAGGCGCGUGGGCGCUCCGGGAACAAGGGGUCGAGUGUGCAAUGGGACAGCGCUGGACGUGAGCGGCUGCGAUCUGCUCUGUUGCGGCCGGGGUCACCAGAAAGAGACCGUGAGCUUUCAGGAGAACUGCAAGUGCCGGUUCCACUGGUGUUGCGUUGUCCAGUGCAAGCAAUGUACUGUCAGAAAGGAGCUCAGCGUCUGCGCUUAGCUAAAAGAUAGCGCUCCUAGGACACGAUCACAUGUUACCCGACAAACUGAAGAAAUAUUAACCAAAGAUAACAUUUUGGAUUGGAGAAUGUUUGCAACUUGGCGGGAUAUUCAUUGCAAGUGAGACUAGUCCCACCUCGACUGGAGAGAGAAAUACUUGUCGCCUCCGUCUGCGCUUGGAGCCUGACUAUAGGUCAACAUAGAAACAUAGACAAUAGGUGCCGGAGUAGAGGCCAUUCGGCCCUUCGAGCCUGCACCGCCAUUCAAUAUGAUCACGGCUGAUCAUCCAACUCAGUAUCCUGUACCUGCCUUCUCUCCAUACCCCCUGAUCCAUUUAGCCACAAGGGCCACAUCUAACUCCCUCUUAAAUAUAGCCAAUGAACUGUGGCCUCAACUACCUUCUGUGGCAGAGAAUUCCACAGAUUCACCACUCUCUGUGUGAAAAAUGAUUUUCUCAUCUCGGUCCUAAAAGACUUCCCCCUUAUCCUUAAACUGUGUGUGUGGUCCCUUGUUCUGGACUUCCCCAACAUCGGGAAACAAUCUUCCUGCAUCUAGCCUGUCCAACCCCUUAAGAAUUUUGUACGUUUCUAUAAGAAUGGAACAUCUCCACACGGCAAUAAACAAUGU